AUGAGCAACAACACUCCAUUCACUUCAUCCAGCCCAGUAUAUAUCAAUGGCGACAAUGUUAGUAGUGAUGUAGUUGUUACCAUGCCAUCACCUUCACCAGGCUCAACAUCAUCCUCAGCAUCAUCAGUCACUCAUUCACCAAGUCUAAACACAAAGAACAAAGAGAAAGAGAAAGACAAAGACAAAGACAAGGAGAAGGAGAAGGAGAAGGAUAAAGACGCCAAGGACAAAGACAAGGAGAAGGAUAAGGGAUCAAUCAAUCAAUCUGGAAGUGUUAUAAAGUCAUCACAAGGUGUACAAAGAAGUAGGAGUAGCAGUGGAGAUAGUCAUAAGAUAACAGAGUCAUCGGAUAAGCUUAAGAAGUCACACUUCCAUCCUAUACAGUUGAUCUCUGGUAUCAUAAGGUCAUCGAAUGGUGGCGAUCACGAGACACCAAUCGUCACCAAGACACUGGCCACACGAAUGAAGAGUGAGCCUCACAUCAAGCGAUUCAAGCUACCCUCAACAGAGACUCUAAUCAAUGACUUCUCUGCGGCGUUGUCCAAACAGAUUUUGCUGCAUGGUAGAUUGUAUCUGUUCACUAACUACUUGUGCUUCGAGUCCAACAUCUUUGGCAUCAAGUCGACAGAGAUCAUCGCGCUCAAAGACAUAACAUCAAUCCAGAAGAAGAAGUUCCCAAUAGGCGUCAGUAUCCUCUUGCAGAACGGUAACAAGCACAUCUUCGCCUCAUUCAUAUCGAGGGAUAAGGCAUUCCAGGAGAUACUUACUGUGUUGCGUGAAGCAACUGGACAGUCACAUGAGGACGUCUCAUCACAUGGUGAUGAUGAUAGUAGCAGUAGUAAUGUGUUUGACUUUGUCGAUGAGUCAGACAUGCAACAGAAGCUUGCGAAUGGAGUGGGAGGUGGACUGGUCAACGAGACAAACUUUACCAACGAACAGGAAGACAGCGGAGCAAUCAAUCAACAACAACAACAACAUCAGCCAAAGUGUCCAGAUGUUGCAGUCGUUGAGGUCAUGGCCUCAACAACUCCACCACAACAACAUAAUAAUAUACAUGAUAAGCAAGAGAUAUUGCCGCCAAGUACAAGUACAAGUACACCACUGCAUCCAGAUGUCGUGGUUGCACCAUCGCCAGCAACAGUGGUCGUAUUGCCAGUGCCAGUGGUAGUGAAGGAGACCAACCCAUUCGAUGAGCUCUAUGGCAACACUGAGCAAUACCUAUCCACUGCCGAGCAGACAUCCAUGUUGGAGAGUAAUGUAUCCGAGUUCAAUGAACUUCUCUCGGACAGCUUCAACAUUAGUGUUGUCAACUUCUUCAAGGCAUUCUACUCUGAUCAAUGUAACUUUGCUCAACUAUAUCAUCAGAAGCGAGGAGACACAAGCAUUGUCGUAAAGAACUGGAGUCAACGCGAACGGUUUGGAACUGUUCGAGAGUUGGAGUAUAUAGCACCGGUAAACUCGCCAAUCGGUCCAGACAAGACAAGGAUACAAGAGACACAAAGAUAUCAUCUCACCAGUAACAAGCUACUAGUAGAGACGGACACUAUUAUGAUGGACAUACCAUAUGGAGAUCACUUUAGGAUUGAGGCCAAGUGGGAUGUCACUCAGACAUCAGAGUCAACGUGUAACUUGAAGAUAAGCCUGUGCGUGAGAUUCAUCAAGAAGACAUGGUUCAAGAGCAAGAUCGACUCGACGACGUCCAAAGAGUCAAAGGCAUCCUUUGUCCAAUGGAUACAGAUUGCAAAGCAGGAGAUCCUCAAGACAAUGUCCAUGAAGACCGCCGCUGCACCUGCACAGACGAUCGUCGCGCCCCUGACCAAGCCGUCGACGUCCUCGUCGUCCCUGUCCACACUAAGCAUGUCAAGCCGCACCAAUGACACCAGCAACAACACAAACAUACCAGUACCAUCGAGCUUGGGCGUAGAAUCGCCCAAGCCCAAUGUUACCAAUGCCACAGCACGUCGACAUCUCCGUUCGUCCUCAGUCGCAGUCAACAACUCGAAUGCCUCACUCAAUCAAUAUAUCAACAACAACAAUCCAGCCUCACCUGCCAAUACCAAUGCCAACAGUCCAUCAACAUCAUCAAACGAACUUACAUCGACUACACCUCCAAGAACACCAAGACAAACCGAACGCCACAACACCCACAAUACAUCCACAUCCAACCUAGCAACCUCAUUAUCCUCAUCCAAAGUCAACAACAACAACGACUCUACAACAUUAUCAACAUCAACAACAACAUCAACAACAUCAACAACAACAGCAACAUUCAAACUUGAGAUAUACUCAAAGUAUGGACGUGUUAAGCUGUCUGGUAUACCAUUACUAUCAUUCAUACUUCUUGCCAUUGGGCUGUAUCUCUACCUCUUGCUAAACAUUGUUGGUCUAAACUCACGUAUUGAGACCAUCAACAUGUUACUAUCCAAUGCAUUAAUAAAAUGA